ACACAAAAUAGAUGACUGAAGAUUUGAAGGAAUUUGAAGAAAUAGAAAGAAGUCGCUAAUUUAUGCCAGACGGCGUCUUUAUUUUCAGAUGCAAUCGUUAUGUUGUUUAAGUUAAGGUGGUAAUUGUGAAAGGUUACGAGUCGCCCUUGGAUUUAUAAACAUUUCAAAGCUAAUACUUCUUACGUAAUUUAGAAAAUACGAAAUCAAUAUGGGGGACCAACAAUUUUUCCUAAAAUGGAACGAUUUCCAAACAAAUAUGGUGACAUCGUUUAGACAUUUACGAGACGAGAAAAGCUUUACUGAUGUAACACUAGCUUGUGAGGGACAAACAUGCAAAGCCCACAAAAUGGUCCUGUCUGCGUGUAGUCCUUAUUUUAAAAGUUUAUUAGAGGAGAAUCCCUCAAAGCAUCCAAUAAUAAUACUGAAGGAUGUGUCUUAUCUCCACCUCCAAGCGAUACUAGAGUUUAUGUAUGCAGGUGAAGUUAAUGUCUCGCAGGAACAACUGCCCGCCUUCCUUAAGACAGCCGCGAGGCUUAAGGUUAAAGGUUUAGCUGAGCCGCCUCCACAGAUGCCCAGCAUCAAGCGGGAAGGCUAACACACACACAUGAACACAAAUCUGUGCGUGGACACUUGCUAAUUUCUCGACCACAUUUAUAUUGUACUGUGUUCAUUCAGAUAUAUAUAACCAGAAAACCGUAUAUAAAACAUUUCUAUAUACGAAGUGAUUAUGUGAAGUCAACAAAGAAUUCAUGUAGUUUAGAUAAUUAAAUUUUAUUUUCUAUAUAAGACAUACAUAUAUUUUUAUAGAAUUGUGUCAGAAACUUUAUUUAGCAAGUGUCCACCGAAUUCCACCAAUAUUUCCAUGCUAGCAAUAAAGCUGUGAGAAAAUUUUAAUAGAAAAGUUAUUUUUGCACAGAUUGCUGUGAAUAUUUAAUUAAUUCGGUGGUGUGAGAUGGUUUAUAGAACAUUAUCGGGUCUAAGUUAGUUAAAAGUUACCCAAAGAUAGAUAUUUCAAAUCCAGUCACAAACGCCAAGGAAAUUGUUAUGUUUAAGAACUGUCAUAAUAUGUUUUCUCUGAACAUGUUUGAAAGUGCAGCUUUUAAGCCAGGGUGUUGGCCGGUAAGAACGUCGCUGUCAUGGUUAUUAGUGUUGCCAGUAAAAAAAUUAAUCAUUAUAAAAAUGUGGUUUGACAGUUCUUAAAUUUUUCUUCUAUUUCGAUCACGAAUAUAAUUUUUUGUGUUUUUUAACCAGCCAAGGCUCACUACGGACGGGUUUUAAAAAUUACAUUUCUAAUCUGUCAAAUCACUUUUUUUUUAUAAAAAGUUUUGACAGCCAAAAGUAGUGCCCGGGUUUAAUAUUUAUAAUGGCUACAAAACAAUACCAUCUCGCAUUGCCAUAGCAAUAAGGCAUUUUUAAUUUGGUCGAAUUAUUUCUUUUUGUGAAUAAGGUGUCUCGAAUUACUUUCCAUCAAUGUUAACCUAAAUAUAUAAAAAUAUUUUCGUAAACAUUACCGUUUUUGUAUUCAAUGAUUGGUAAAGUCUGUGGGCAAGUGUCAAAUUCCUAGUUCUCACCGGACCGGUCAAUUCGAAUGUCAACGUCAAUGUCAAAUAUUGACAGUUCAUUGGUAUACACAAUGAAUAUUGACAAGUACAAAUCUUUUCGCUGUUAUUGUAUAAAUUCUUGUUAAUCAAAAACUUCAUAUUAAUUUCAGGAAUUGAAAAUAAAUCCGAUAAGGUAUAAAUUUAAUAAUUUUACGUGUGUUUAAAAACCACAAACACUUGCCUACAGCCCUUAAUGUUAGCCGAAGCCUUAGAAUGAGUUACCCGCAACCAAAGUGUAGAAUAUUCACAUCGUGAGGCGCGCUGACACUGUACCGAUGGUUGCCUUAAUUUGGUGGAUUUCACUAUUCUGGUUUAAUAUAUGGCGCUGUCAUUGUCAGUUGCAAUGUUGCUAUACACUGUGGACUGUCAGGCGAAACGUCAUUUGCAAUUGACACUAAUUCUAUCGAGUUUGACAUUUACAGAUCUCACGUAAGCAAAGGACUUUUUGAAUUCCAAAUAGCAGUUAUGACUCGGUUUUGAACUUCAUGUGAUGGUUAAAUAUAGUUUGUAAUAUGAAUCACAAGACAAAAGACGUUUCUAAUCGAUUUUUUUAUACAAAUCAAACCGGGGAAGUAACUGUUUUCAUUAAACCAGAAAAGUGUACACCGAGCCUUAAUUCUGCUUUAGAAUAAGUGUUGUCAACAACAUGCAUAAUAAUUGCGCAAGCGAUUUAUUAACUUUAAGGUCAAAUUUAAACGAAUCCCUUUCUAAAGCUAAAAUUCAUAGACAAGUUUCGUAGCGGUCUGACACCUGUCAAAAUCUCGACUCGACCACGCGACUUGUCUGUGCCUUUUAGUAAUUUGUUUAAGAUUAAGUCAAUCGAGAUAUUAUUUUCUCAGGCGUAGUUAGUGUUUGCAAAUUGUUAAUUUAAAUAAUAAGAGGCCGAUAAUGCAACGAGAACUUUGCGUUCUAACCCAUCUGAACGCUCUAGUUUUGGCCGAAAUUUAUAAAGUGUUCAACCGCUAGGAAUAAGCUUAUUUUCUUGCUCAAUGUAAUCUCAGUAGUAGUAGUUUAAAAUACAGACUUACCAUUACCACCUUAUGACUAGCUUAAGAGCAUUUCUGAGCUCCGGGGCUCAGAAUUUACCCAUAUUAGUUCUGGACUAAGCAUUUACUGGACCCAUGCUAAGCUGAGGCAAGUUAAUACGUUGAUAAUUAAUAUCACUCAUAAAAUUUGAAAAAUCAGUAUGCUUUAUAACUUUCAGCCUGACUCUAACAGUAGCUAAUAUUGACCAUAUUUAGGCACAAUAGUAUGUACACAACAUAUCAUAUUGGUUUUUAAAUAAUUCGGCUCUCCAUCAAAUAAUUUUAGUCUAAUUCGUACGGAAAUAACUUUCCGAUUCGUUUGUUCGAAAGUUAUCUAUGGUUUUUUUAUAGACUAUGUAAUAUUAACUACGUCUUUACUAUAAGUUUUUAUUUUUAUAUUUCUCGUCAAUGCGAUGAACUGUAUUUUUAAUUAGUACAAAUCGUGUCCAUAGAGUGCAAUGUCAUAAGGACUCGUAUUCUAAAACGUCACGUCGAAAUUUCUUCUCGCGAGCUGUCAAAAUGACAAUUGACAUUCAAUGUGUAUUUACGUUUAGAAUGGCGGUUGUUUUCUCGUGUGACUCCGUAUCCAAUAUAAAACGGCUAGAAUGACUGGAAUCGGUUACAACGAUUCCUUAUCACUUCAGUAUUUUAUUGCUUUUGUUUCAUUCCCUUGCCUUUGUUAAAAUAGUUGUUGUAUAAAUGUAAAACUGUAAUUUAGACAGAGUAUGAAAGCGAUAAAUGAACACGUCGAAUAGUUGUAAUGAAAGAUUUGUAAUUUUAGAUUAUAAUAAAAUGAAAAUAA